GAGUUUAUCAGCCAGUUUCUCGGAGUCUCGUCGGAGAUCGGAGCUUUUUUUUUCUUUGUGGAUCUGUCGUUGUUUUUAACGGACAAUGUGAUGGGAAUCAAAUAACAGAUAACGCGAGAGAGUGUUUUCGGAUUUCGAGAAGAAUUCGGAUGGGGAUUUGCUUUAGCGCUGAAGAUCAUCAGUACCAAUUUUCUCAACAGCAAAACUAUCAGAAGAAAACAACACCAGAAGGGAAAAAUUCAGCAGUGUAUCUAAUGAAGUCAGAUUGUCAAGAUUCAGUUAGUAAAGUGAGUGCAAGUGGUGGUGGUGGUGGCUUGCCUUUGGCUCCUAAAAACAUUAAAGAUCUUCAGUCUAAUCCAGGUUAUGAAAAUGUUGAUAUUUUCACUUACCAAGAGAUGAAGAUUGCUACUAAGCAGUUCAGGCCGGAUUAUAUUCUCGGUGAGGGAGGUUUUGGAGUGGUGUAUAAAGGAGUUAUAGAUGAGUCUGUAAGGGGUGGUUACAAGUCUACAAAAGUUGCUAUCAAAGAACUUAAUCCAGAGGGCUUCCAGGGAGAUAGAGAGUGGCUGGCUGAAGUCAACUAUUUAGGACAGCUGAGUCACCCGAAUUUGGUUAAGCUCAUAGGCUACUGCUGUGAAGAUGAUCACAGGUUAUUAGUCUAUGAAUAUAUGGCAAUGGGGAGCUUGGAGAAACAUCUUUUCCGAAGAGUUGGAUGCACUUUGACAUGGUCGAAAAGAAUGAAGAUUGCGCUAGACGCAGCCAAGGGUCUUGCAUUUCUUCAUGGUGCUGAACGCUCCAUCAUAUAUCGGGAUCUGAAGACAGCAAAUAUAUUGCUGGAUGAGGGUUACAAUGCUAAACUCUCUGACUUUGGACUGGCAAAGGAUGGUCCAAGAGGAGAUCAAACACAUGUGUCAACACGUGUUAUGGGGACUUACGGAUACGCUGCUCCUGAGUAUGUAAUGACAGGACAUUUGACAUCCAGAAGUGAUGUGUAUGGAUUUGGAGUACUUCUCCUUGAGAUGCUCCUUGGGAAGAGGGCGAUGGACAAAAGCAGACCUUGCAGGGAGCAUAACUUGGUAGAGUGGGCACGACCACUAUUGAAUCACAACAAAAAGCUUUUGAGGAUCAUAGACCCUCGAAUGGAUGGACAGUACGGCACUAAGGCGUUGAUGAAAGUAGCUGGUUUGGCAUACCAAUGCCUAAGUCAAAACCCGAAAGGAAGGCCCCUCAUGAAUCAUGUUGUAGAAGUUCUUGAGACUCUCAAGGAAGACGGAGAUGCUCAGGAGGAAGUCAUGACUAAUCUCCAUAGCAGGGGCAAGUCCGUAACCUUAUAUGAAGCAUCUAGUGAUUCCCAAGGCACAAGAGACGGAGAUGGACAGAGGAGGAGAAGACCGGAAAGUGGUAGAAGCAAGAGCGAAGCCUCAGUUGACACUGACAAAUAUGUUUCUGCUCUUUCAGAACCGGAUACUACCAAAAUUUAAGACUCAAGACAGAAAGAUUCACCAGUGAUUUGAGACUGUAAGAUAAGAAAGUAGCAGAGUUGGCUUAAAUGUAUAAAUAAGUUGAGUCUUCAUUUUGGGAUCUUCUUUUUUUGGAUUACAAAUAUUAGUGCAUUACACAAAUUGAUGUUUCUUUGAAAUUCAAAUGAAUUUUGGAGACGCUUAUUUGUGUUAGUUGUGUCGGCAAGUAACUUCAGUGAGUGUACAUGAAACAUUCGAAACAUACUUGAAUAAUCCAAAUGAUUUCAU